CCUUUCGGAUUCUCAUUCGCUUCAUCAGCCUUAUCGCCUCUGGCAAUAAUAUUUCUCGUGGUAGUGUCAUAUAAAAUUGAGGUGCGGUAUUCGUUUCCUAAUCUAUUUUUGAAAAGGAAUCUGUCAAAAAAAGAAAAUACACGUAUAAAAUCUGUUAAUUUAAUGUCGACUAACCUUUCAUUAAACUUUAUAUUAUUAUUGAUGGCCACCGCUGUAGAGGUGAUCAAGUCAUAGCCCAAAUCUAUACGAAGUAAGUAACGCCGUAAUUUAAAAAAAUAAGUCGCUUACCGAUAAUAAUACAAUAUCUAUGCCGAGAAUAGUCAUAGAGUUCUUCCAUCUUCUUUCUUCUACGACACGAUGUUAAAAGGGGCGAAAGCACGAAUACG